AUGUGGUUUUUGUGUUUUUUAUUUAUACCGGCGUAUGCCCACGAUAUUGGAAUCCCACAGAAUUUUACCAGCAGUCCGUGCACAGACAAGAACCACCUCUUCCUGGCUCCGGGUGUCCUAACCGCUGGUGGCAUCAAUCGGGCGUGCAUCUCCAGGUUCUACCCCGAGGGUCCAGCGCGUAUGGUCAUCACGCUCCUAGCAGACAAUGGAGAGUCAACGACCGCGGCCAGAGAUCUGCUUCCUGGUGACGGCGGCUGUCUCGACAUAUCCGUGCCGCUGCGACCCAACACCAAGGCCGAUUUGAUUGUCAACAUGCGCUACAUGGAGGCGGCGUGUACUUGGGAGCGACGCAUGACCGUCCGCAUAGCGAGCGGACGCGUUAUCGCGCUGCACACGGAGCGAGCUCGCUACCGUCCCGGCGACACGCUACGGGCACGCGCAAUUGUGCUCAAACCCGACCUAACUCCGGCGCACGGAGACAUCGAUGAGAUGUGGUUGGAAGGACCGCCAGGCGCUUGGGAUGGGGCGCGUAUAGCGCAGUGGCUGAAGGUACGAACCAGGCUCGGUCUCGCGCAGAUACAGCACCACAUCGAUGAGCACGCACCGCCGGGCAAGUGGACUAUGAGAGCCAAGCUCGCUGAUGGAUCACAGGGUUCAACUGCAUUUUGGGUGGGUAACUACGAGCUGCCACCGUUCCAGUUGACAGUCCGGCAUGCACCAAGAGUCCUGAGGACAAGCGAACGACUCGUUUGGACUGUUUGUGUGAGGUAUCCGUGGAGCGAAGCGGUGGAGGGCAUGCUGGUGAUCAGACUGCGCGGGGCGGGGGGCGAGGGGGCUGGCGGGCGGCCGGGCGUGCGCACGGCCGUGCGGCUGCGCGCGCCGCGCGCCUGCCACCGCCACGCCGCCGCUGCCACCAGGGUGGGGCUCGCCGGCGCCCACCCGCCGCAAGUGCUCGUGGCGGACUUCAGCUUCCAGGAAGAAGGCACCAGGAUUUGGCAGAACACAACGGUUGUCUCUCAAGUAGUAGACGAUCCAGUGACCUUGGAGUUUCUAACGAAGCAUCAAGCGCCAUUAUCGCCCAGCCUGCCAUACAAGUUGAAGGUGAAAGCAGUUCGGUGGGACGACAAGCCGGCGAGUGGGGAACACGUGCGCGUAUGCCGGCGUCGUUCGGGAACGGAGCAAAACGCCACGUGUGUGUCCGCCCUAACCGAUACAGGAGGAGUCGCACGGGUCAUGUUCACUGCGGACCACGACACCAGCGCUGUCUAUGAGUUUGAGGCCAGUUUGAAGAAUGUGACAGCGCGGCUGCAGCUGGCGACGCGCGUAUCGUUGUCUAGCGCCGCGUUCGGUCCGCUGCGCGCCGACUCGCGAGCUGCGCGCACGCUGCUGCCGCUCUACCUGCAUCUCUCCAACCUGUCCGCACCGCUCACCGUGCACUUCGUCGUUAUAACUCGAGGGGGUAUAAUCUACCGAUGGGGUGCCACGACGCAAUGUCCAGUUGCAAGCUCCACCAACCAAAUCCAGUCAGUGCCAAGGAACAGCACGUGCAACGCCAACCUGGAGAAACUCGUUCCCGACUUCGAUCUCCACUUAAACAAUCUCGACGUGGAUCCCAACCAGCUAGACGUGAACACUUCGGACUCGUUGCUCGAUAGACAUUUGCUCAGGGUCGUGUUGCCAAUCAAAGUGACACAUCAGAUGUGCCCGGAUAGCCAUUUGCUGGCGUAUUUCUAUCACAACGGUGAACUGGUCAGCGCGAGCAAGCAUUUCGAAAUGGACGAAUGUUUUGGCAAUAAGGUGGAAGCGAGCUGGACAUCUCGUCAGAGUGCUCCCGGUGCGCUGGCCACGAUGCAGCUGGUAACAGCUGGGCCGGCGCUGUGCGCGCUCUCGGUGCUGGACACUGCGGCCACGUGGCUGCAGCCGCAGCGCAGCGUGAGAGACGUCCUCGUGCACGACCUGAAGCGGCUCAUUGACACGCACAGGAAUCUCACGCAGUACGACGCGGCCGCAGAGUGUUUCUUUACGGGCGACACAGCAGAGCUGGCGAGUGAUGUUGGCGGCUGGGGCGCGCUGAGCGCGCGGCUGGCGGCGGGCGGCGUGCGCGCGCUGGGCGGCGCGCCCGCCGCCGCGCGCUGCGACUCCGCCCCCGCGCCGCUGCUCGACCAGCAGCCCGCGCUCCCCAGGACCGACUUCUCCGAGGCGUGGCUGUGGCGACUGGUGGCCGUGGGCCUGAACGGUACGGCCAGCAGCACGGCGCGCGCGCCCGACUGCAUCACGCGCUACGAGGCGUCCGCGCUCUGCGUGUCGAGGACGGGACUCGCUAUAUCCAACCCGGCUGUUCUACAAGUGUUUCGAGAAUUCUUCAUUCACGCGGACGGUCCCAAAAAGCUGAGGCGAGGCGAUAACUCUAUUAUUAGAUAUCGUAUUUUCAACUACUUGUAUGAGCCUUUAAGUGUGGAAAUGGAAGUGAUGUCCUCGGCGCAGGUGGAGGUGGAGGGGCGGCGCGUGGAGCGCGCGUGCGUGGGCGCUCGCAGCGCGGCGGCGCGGCGCGCCAUGCUGCGGGUGCGCGCGCCCGGCGCGGCCCGUCUGCACCUGCGGGCGCGCGCGCUCCGCGACCCCAGCUGCGGAAACGCAACCCUCACCAAACAAGUCACCGAUGAAGUUAUAAUUGAAAUAGAGGUUGAACCUGAAGGCGUCCCGAUGGAAGAGCACAGAUCCACAAUGUUGUGCGCUAGAGGUACAUCGGAACCGGUCACAUCUAACGUGUCUUGGACUUGGAGUCCUCAGCAAAUAGUGGCCGGCACUGAAGCGGUCACCGUGUGGGCUGUCGGCGACACCACAGGACCUUUGCUUGCCGAGGCGGACGCGCUGGUGGCGCUGCCGCGCGGCUGCGGCGAGCAGAACAUGGCGCGCCUCGCCACCAACCUGCUGGCGCUGCGCCUGCUGCACCCGCACGCGCCCGCCGCGGCGGCGGCCAGGGACCACGUCGCCAGGGGUAACUACAAGCUUCCUCAUCAGCAGCAGAACAUGUAG